GAGGAGAUCAAACAGUUCUUGGAAAUGGAGUCGAGAAUGGCAACAGAAUCAUUCAACUUUACUCCAACUCCGCCUGUGAAAAGAGAGAGAACAAGAUAUGACUCUACGAGUUCAGUGAUGACCUUGACCUCUAAUGAUGAUGAUGACAGCGACACUGACAAGGAUUAUGACGAUGACUCAGAUUCAGAUUUUGAAGGGGGCCAUGAUCUUGACCCUUCCAACCCUGGAGAGAGUCUGAUAGGGGCCAAGGACAAGCAGUACUACUCUGGCAAGCAUGUCGUUGAAAAAGAAAGCGCAACAUGA